AACGCAGCUGACACUUCUGCCCCUCGUCUCUGGUGCCACCGCAGUGCUCUCCCAGCCGGCCGCAGACAUGGUAGGGCUGCUCCCGCCCCGGCGGGGUCCCUGGUGGGCUGGCUCGGGGAUGGAGCGGGCGCUGGGAGCCGUGUCGGGGAGGAGAGAGGGCGGGACGGGGCUUCCGAGCACAGGCACCCGAGGGUGCGGGUGCCUCUCCGGGAAUCGAGGGAGCAGUUCGGCAGGGCUGGAGGGAGGAGCUGGCUGCUGACGCGACUGUCGCUCUGCUGGCCCGGGGACGGGCGCCCUUUUGAGAGCUGCCGUGACAGUGGAGGCGGGGGCGGCCAGCGGGUAGACUACCGGGAAACGCCACAACCGGCCGGGGUCCUUCUCCCUGACCUGGGUCAUGCCCCCCCCACGGCACCCUUCACCAGCCCCCGAGACGGGGUCCACCUGACGCUCCGCCACAUGGCUGGCCUGAGCCUUGGUGUCUCACACCUGGCCUCUGGCUCUCGGGUCCUUCCCCUGAAGCCGCCUGACAGUGCCGUUCACCCCUGGCGAGCCUCCCCAGUGCCACCUUGUCUGGAAGCGCCCUGGGCUGCGGGGGAGGGGGGCUCCUUCUUUAACCCCACCGUGCAGGGCGGCCAGGUGGAGGGACGGGGCGGGGUGCCACGCGUGCUAGGACCGCCACCUCCCUCGGACCGAGGGGCGGAGGCGGCCCUGGUGGAGGUGUCCUUGCAGACAGAGCGCCUGACAGCGGAGCAGAUCAAGGAGUACAAGGGCGUCUUCGAGAUGUUCGACGAGGAGGGCAACGGGCAGGUGAAGACCGCCGAGCUGGAGCGGCUCAUGAGCCUGCUGGGCAUCAACCCCACCAAGAGUGAGCUGGCCUCCAUGGCCCAGGACGUGGACAGAGACAACAAAGGAUUCUUCAACUGUGACAGCUUCCUGGCCCUGAUGGGGAUCUACUGGGAGAAGGCCCAGAACCAGGAGGGCGAGCUGCGGGCCGCGUUCCGCGUCUUCGACAAGGACGGCAAGGGCUACAUCGACUGGAACACGCUCAAGUACGUGCUCACGAACGCAGGGGAGCCCCUCAACGAGGCGGAGGCUGAGCAGAUGAUGAAGGAGGCCGACAAGGACGGGGACGGGACCAUUGACUACGAGGAGUUUGUGGCCAUGAUGACCGGAGAGUCCUUCAAGCUCGUCCAGUGAGCAGGUGCUGUGGCCCUGGGAGGCCUGCCCGAAGGCCACUGCCUGCUGCCGCCCACACUGCCGCUCAGCGCCCCCGCCCCACCUCUGGCCAAUAAACACUCC